AUGGAAAAGGGAACAGACAGAAUGGCCGCCGCGGCUCCCGCUCCUGCCGCCUCGCAGUGCCGGAGCCCCCGCUGCACGGCGGAGCGCAGGGGAGUCCGCCGCGAACUCGACUCCUGGCGGCACCGGCUCAUGCACUGUGUGGGUUUUGAAAGUAUUUUAGAAGGGCUUUAUGGACCAAGGCUACGAAGAGACCUCAGCUUAUUUGAAGACUGUGAACCAGAAGAAGUGACUGACUGGUCUAUGGAUGAAAAAUGUUCGUUUUGUAAUUUACAUAAAGAAACAGUCAGUGAUCAUACAACAGUCAUUGGUUCUUUGCAGUCCACACCUACAGAGGAGUUGUCAUCUCAGGGCCAGUCCAACACUGAUAAAAUUGAAUGCCAAGCAGAGAAUUACCUAAAUGCACUCUUUCGCAAGAAAGAUCUUCCUCAGAACUGUGAUCCUAACAUUCCCCUAGUUGCUCAGGAAUUAAUGAAAAAGAUGAUCCGUCAAUUUGCAAUUGAAUACAUUUCAAAAAGUAGUAAAAUGCAAGAAAAUAGAAACGGUUCAUCAUAUGAAACAAGUCUGAUAUGUAAAAGUAUCCAAAUGAACCAAACGGAUAAUUCACUUCAGGAAGAACAGGAUAGCCCUCUAGACCUCACUGUGAAUCGAACACAAGAGCAGAGUACUCAGCCAGGGGAUGGAGUGCUAGAUCUCUCUACAAAGAAAAUAACCUUGGAACAGUCAACAUAUGAUGGAUCAUGUUCUGAAAAUUCGGUGUCUGGGAGACUCCACAGACACAGAGAGGACUAUGUGGAAAGAAGUGCUGAGUUUGCAGAUGGUUUGCUCUCAAAAGCGUUGAAAGACAUUCAGUCCGGAGCACUGGACAUAAAUAAAGCAGGCAUACUUUAUGGCAUACCUCAAAAAACUUUACUUCUCCACUUAGAAGCCUUACCAGCAGGAAAGCCUGCACCCUUUAAAAACAAAACUCGAGAUUUCAGUGACAGUUAUUCUUACAAAGACAGUAAAGAAACUUGUGCAGUGCUGCAAAAAGUAGCCUUGUGGGCAAAAGCUCAAGCAGAGCGCACAGAAAAAAAUAAACUCAGUCUACUUGAAACCUCAGAAUUAAGAUUCCCAACAGCUUCCAGUUACCUCCACCAGUUAACUCUACAAAGAAUGGUCACUCAGUUUAAAGAAAAAAAUGAAAAUGUACAAUAUGAGACAUCAACUCCAACCGUACAGUUAAAAAUUCCUCAGCUAAGAAUCAGUGCUGUGCCCAAACAACAGCCUGAUAGCGCUGGACUUCUUGAUGUUAUGUACCAUGUUUCCAAAACCUCAUCAGUCUUAGAAGGAUCGGCUCUUCAAAAACUGAAAAAUAUACUCCCUAAACAGAACAAAAUUGAAUGUUCUGCAUCUGUAACUCAGUCAAGUGUUGACUCCUACUUUCUGCAUGGGGACCUCUCUCCUUUGUGUCUUAAUACUAAGAAUGGAAUUGUUGAGGGCACCUCUGAAUCUACAGAAGAUGGCUUGGAUCGCAAGGAUAAUAAACAGCCAAGAAAAAAACGUGGUCGUUACCGACAGUAUGAUCAUGAAAUAAUGGAGGAAGCUAUUGCUAUGGUAAUGAGUGGGAAAAUGAGUGUUUCCAAAGCACAGGGAAUCUAUGGGGUACCUCACAGCACUUUAGAAUACAAAGUUAAAGAAAGAUCUGGAACACUGAAGACUCCACCGAAGAAGAAGCUCCGAUUACCAGACGCUGGGUUGUUUAACGUGACAGAUUCAGGGACUGGCACCUGCAAAAAUAGCAAGCCUAUGUAGUUAGUUUAAUUUGUUAGAAAUUUAUGUGCGCCUGUAUGUGUGUGUGGGUGUGGGUGUGUGUGUGCGCGAGUGCAUGUGCUGCGCACUUGUGUGUAAGACUACACACAUGAGAAACACAAAUGUUCACUCAGACAGAAGACAAAAUUUUACAGUUCAGAAACCACAUACAUGCCUUUUUGAAGAAUAAUUUUAUUCAGGGUUUUCACUGUGGACAAAAUGAUAGAAUCAAUCACUUAUUGUGAUAGUUUGUAUUUAAUAUAAUCCUUGUAUAAAUAAGUGGAAAAAAUUCAGGUUUUAUUUAGUAGUCAAUAGCAUAAAAUGUUUGGAAUAACAUGUAUUUGUCAUGUGAAACAUUAUUUUUUACUGAUAAAGAGUGUCUCUAGCCAUUCAAUAAUCCAUUUUAUAAAGGAAACACGUGAUUGUUUUGAAGACAUUUAUGCCUCUCAGAAUAUUUUCAGGAGUUACAAGAAACUGAAAAUAUAUGAAUUAAAAGAAAUUAAGGGGGACAGCUUUGAUUUCUUAAUGUGGAAACUUGUGAAGUAUUAGUUUAACUCAGACAGUUCUAUGGAAGUACAUCAAUGCUAAAAAAUCUGAUAUAGAUGAAACAUUUCAUUUUUAAAAGUAUGUGUUAAGUAUAAAACUGGGUUCUUACAUUUUUGUUGGUUUAGCAAGAAAUUGGUGUUUACAAAAUAUAUACUUGUGAAAACUGACAAAUUUAGUGUAGCUAUAGAAUGAUUAUAAUAAGAUGGAAUACUAAAGGCAUAAAAUUAUUAACUGUUUUCCUUUAGUGUGGAAAAUAAGCUAACUUGUAAGGGGUAAAGACAAAGAGUUGGAAUGCAUAUUAGAGCAUGUUCAUAAUGUGCACAGAAUGAGCUUGAGAAUGGUUAUUUUGGUUUAAAUGUGCUGGUUAGUUAGUGGUAUGACUACUUACAUUUAUUUAAGGAUUGUGUAACACUCCUACUGAAAAACCUCACUGUAACAGUAAUGUAUUUGCUGCUGUGACACUUCAAAACCUUUUCAGUUUAUCAAAAUGAACAUCAGGUUUUCAUUUUGGUGGGCCGAUAUAUCAUCAUUUUGCUAAUAACCAAAUUUGCAGUUCAGGGUCUUGAUAUAAUUACAGAUACAAAACAGUAAAGCUGUUUUGAACUUUCAGUACUAGAAAUCCUUUAUAUAUUUACUAUUUGAAAGCUGGGCAGUUCAUUUUAAAUAAAUAACUUUUCAUGGAACCUCAGAGGACCAGUUACCUUUAGAUUACAAAUGAAUUUUUAAAUGAAUUUUGAAGUAUUCGUAUUGGGUCUGAUCCUUCCCUGCAGAGAGAUGCCUAUAGGGCUCAUAGAGUGCCCUUCCUUCCCCAGCACACAUACGGGCAUAAAAGGUUUACUGAAGAAUAGGGCGUGUACGUGCAUUCCUUCCUUCCCUAGUGCUCACAUAACUUGAAUGAAUGGCAAGAGAGAGGGAAGGAAAGUGGACCAUGGGGAAGUGGGUGGUACAUGCCUUCUGAUCUAGA